CCCCAUGAUUAUACCCCCAGAAUAUUGGGGUGAAUAUGAAGAUUGAAAACUAUCCCCCCCAAUAUGCCACCUGGACCCACCAGUCCAGAGAUGAAAAAGGAGGAGGAGGUGAAAAUAUGAAGUUUACGACUAAUAAGUAUGCGGAUGUGCUUAUCCCAAGGGGCGUGGAUAAUCUUGUGGCCACCCAUCUGAUUGUGCAGCACAUCCAGGACCUUCGGAACGGAGGCCUCUGCAAGCGCCAGUCCAACAGCUGCCUGAAUGGCUACACUCCUCCCCGCCUGCAGCAGCACUCAGAAGCAAGCAGCCGGCCACAUUGACCUCAGGGCUGCUGCUGCCUUAGGAACUGAAUGCCCUUGCUUCCUGCCCUGUAUUUACAGCCCCAUGUCCAAACACACUUGCUGGGCUCGAUGGCUUCUUUUCUGUCUGAUGGAUAGAUGGAGGAGUCUGUGCCGAGGACUCUUGCUUCCGUGCUCAGAUUUUGCUGGCUGUGCUCCAAACUCCAACAUGAACAUGAGCACAGAAUUUGGCAUGGAGCUACACAGAGUGGAGUUGUGGAGGGCUGCUUUCUCUGGGCUCAUCCACACUUCUAUUUACCCUGCCGCUCCCCCCACCGGUGGGUUAGCACUGAACUGGAACAAACAGCCCUUGGCUUUUCUGCAGGUGUAGUGCUGAAAGAGCAGGUGUCCUGGGGGGAUGCAGCAGGGCAGAGGCCAAACUGCUCAGACCUGGGCUUGCUAAGCAGAGGACAAGUGGGGGAGAAGCCCAGGGUCCAGCGCCGGACCAGCUUUCUCGAAGAAAGGGCAAGGCCUUUGUUUUUAGCAGAGUUGCCGCCACACAGCUCUGAGAUCUGCGAGAGCCAAGGGGGAGGCUGCUCUACUGA